CUGUUUGGAUACGGAAAUAGGAUGAACCUCGUCUUGGCGAAGUCUAUAAGAGCACAGUUCCCUGAUUUCUCUCUCAACCUCUCUCUCUCUCUAAAUUUCUGUUUACGUAUUUCUCGUCGGACUUCAACAAGACAACCCAAAUUCAAAGAUCGUGGUCAUCGUCGGUGUCUUUUUUAUAGGCUAAUUCUCGCGUGAAUCUCGUUUUUAUAAAGUAUCGGAAUCUGAUUCUGAUUUGUCAUCGAUUGAUUAAUUGUUGGAAACAGAGUAUUUCUAUUGGAAUUAGAGGAAGAAGUGAGAAUGAUUGAUAGUUUUUGUUUGAAUCCUGGAAUCCAUGGGAUUACUUCUUCUUUAUCACUGAAUGCAGCUCUUGAUGUUCGCGUAAAUCCGUCUCAAGUUACUACAGCCGUUCGGUCUUCGUCGUCGUCGGUGGUUGAGAAAUCCUCGAAAACGAUAACUCCGUCUCCGUCGUCUUCUUCGUCUUCUUCGUCUUCAUCGUUUCUGAAGUUUUCUUUGAAGUAUCCAUUGCAAUCUCUGUGGAGUCGGGGUGGUGAAAAUGGGAAUUCCAGGCGUGGUGGUUUGGCGCUUGACGACGCCGUUUUGGUGGAGAGAGAGGAUGAUCGGAGAGUUGUUCGUGAGGAGGAAAGUGAAAAUGUAGCUACGGGAUCGGAGUGGAGAAGUGGAAACUGGGUGAUGAAGAUUUUGCGGGUUAGAUCUCUAUGGAAAGAGGAGGAGAAGCAGGGAAUUGGUGAAGAUGAGCUUGGAAAUGAGAGGGAAGAAGACCGUGUAGUGGAAGAUCGAGAAACUUGUUGUGAGGACGAAGAGUUUUGUGAUGCUUGUAAAAUCGUUGAGGAAGAAGAUGAAAAGGAGAUUGAAUUUGAUAAACAUUCGUUUUCAAGAUUGCUUCGACGGGUUUCCUUGGCUGAAGCGAGGUUAUAUGCUCAAAUGUCGUAUUUAGGAUGUCUUGCAUACUCCAUUUCCGAAAUUAAGCCAAAGAAUCUGCUGAGAUAUUAUGGUCUACGUUAUAUAACAUCUUCAAUAGAAAAGAGGGAAUUAGCUUUGAAAACUGAGAAAACCCAAGAGCCAGAUGAAUCUAGAGAGGCUGAAAAGGAAAUAGACAAUGAUGUUGAUUGUGAAGAAGGGCAGAAAAAGGAUGGAAUAAGUGCAUCUACUGCUUAUGAGAUUGCUGCCUCUGCUGCUUCUUAUUUGCAUUCUCGUACCGUAAAAAUACUACCGUUCAGAUCUUCUAAAACUGAGGAUUCACUUGAAGCAGGUCAGAACAAUGGCGAUAUGAUGAACUCAGACAUGGUUUCUUUGAUGGCAACCACAGAUUCGGUUACCGCUGUUGUUGCUGCAAAGGAGGAAGUAAAGCAGGCUGUUGCAGACAAUUUGAAUUCAACUCGGUCCUCACCGUGCGAAUGGUAUGUUUGUGAUGAUGUUGAGAGCAGCACAAGAUUCUUUGUUAUUCAGGGAUCUGAAUCACUGGCAUCUUGGCAAGCAAAUUUGCUUUUUGAACCAAUCGAUUUCGAGGGACUAGGAGUCCUUGUCCACAGAGGAAUCUACGAGGCUGCUAAAGGAAUGUAUGAACAGAUGUUGCCCGAUGUCCUUGAACACCUAAAAUCCCACGGUGACCGUGCAACCUUUCGAUUUACUGGACAUUCUCUCGGGGGAAGUUUGGCACUGCUUGUAAAUCUCAUGCUCUUGAUAAGAAAUGAGGUUCCGGUUUCUUCCUUGCUUCCUGUCAUUACAUUUGGUGCACCAUCCAUAAUGUGUGGAGGCGACCGCUUACUUCGUAAACUUGGUUUACCUCGGAACCAUCUUCAAGCUGUUACAUUACAUAGAGACAUAGUUCCACGAGCCUUCUCGUGCCAGUAUCCGAACCACGUAGCAGAACUUCUUAAAGCGGUCAAUGGGAACUUCAGGAAUCAUCCAUGUUUAAGGAACCAGAAAUUGUUGUAUGCUCCUAUGGGCGAGCUUCUAAUUCUUCAGCCCGAUGAGAAAUUCUCUCCAAGCCAUGAUCUCCUUCCUUCAGGUAGUGGCCUAUACCUACUAAACUGUCCACAAUCUGAUGCCAAUGAUGCAGAGAAGGAACUCCGAGCAGCACAGAUGGUAUUCUUAAACACGCCUCAUCCGCUCGAGACGCUUAGCGAUCGUUCCGCUUAUGGUUCAGGUGGAACAAUCCAAAGAGAUCACGACAUGAAUUCAUACCUGAAAUCAGUCCGAGGAGUGAUUCGUCAAGAACUAAACCGUAUAAGGAAAGCAAGGAGACAACAUCGACGAAAGGUCUGGUGGGCUCUCGUGGCUCCAGGAAAAGUUGAUUUAGGAAUCGUAGUCGGACGACCCUCCAUUUCAAUCAAUCUCGGGCAGGACCAGUUCAACUUCUCUGGGAUCCUUCAAACAGGAAGAGAGUCGUUGAGACGGUUCAGCCGACUCGUUGCUUCACAACAUAUGAAUCUGCUUGUGGUGCUGUUACUCCCUGCCAGAUUGCUAUUCUUUGAAGUCAACAGGGUGGUUGGUUAAGACUUACAAAUCAAAAGAUUAUGUUCUUGUUUCUUCAUCUAGUUUCUUGUCAUUUUUUUUUGGUGGAGCUGGAUGAAUGGCCUAUUUGUACAAAUGGAGGGUUCAAUUGGUUGGCCAAACACUUUAGAAGAUUCUUUAUUCAUUGGUUCCAAAACAUAGCAACAUUAACUUAUAUGUUGCUAAUUUAAUGAAAUGAAGCAAACAUCAUUUGUCAAAGUCAAAUGUUAUAUAAAGAAAUGUAAAGUUCUUAUACAUUGUCAA